AUGGCAGAUGUGAGGAGUCCAACACUCCCGAUGAAGCUGCCGGUCACGUUGAAGGAUUUGGGCCUCAACGCAGUUGAGAUCCUCAACAGCGACGUGGCCAACCCUCAACACCUUCACCCAGAUGAUCUCCACGCAACAAGUGUGGACAACAACACUCCACGAUGGUGGAUUGUGAUGACCAUCGAGGAGUACAACUCCAUCAAACCAACAGAGACGGCUGGGGAGUCAACCAACACGGUGAUCCCAGCACUUUUGGGCAGCCAACGUAUGCCCAACUUCGACAAGUUGAUCUUAGUGAUCAACAUGUUCAACAGGGGCGACAUGUAUCCACAGCAACAGAUCGAGAGUGGAUGCAACCUUCGUUUCGCAACGUUUGAGCUGGCAUCCCAACAGAUCUGGGAGAUCAAUGCAGAUGGAGGCAACACCAUGCUUCAACAGAUCUGCAACUAUUUCCAGUGGAACAAGGACUGGAUGUGGACCUACAACAUCCCGGUCCAAGUGUCCAACAUGAACGUGGAAUCAACACAACAGGAGAAGAGGCUCGUACUCCAAUGCUUGGAGUAUGGUGGAGCACAGAUGCUCCAUCAUUUCACAACAUCCACCAGGGAUGCUGUGAUGGAGAUGCUGCAACAGAUGCACAGCACCAGCAUCACCAGCGGCAUCAACACAGGCAACAUCCUGUUCCAAGGAGCCAAAACAGUUGAGAGGAUCAGAGGCAACAGCCACCUGGCAACAUGGGUCGAGCAACAGUGGACAAAAGAGAUGAUCAACAACCAUUUCAAAGAGAUCAAUGUGUGGCGCCUCAACAAUUUGCCACUCACCAUGCCCAAGGAUGAGAUCCAACAGUUGCUGCGUGAGAAUUGCGCAACAACCGAUGAUGAUCAACAGAUGGAAGGAUGA